AUGAAAGCACAACAUGCUCUUCAGAGAGUCCAAACCAAGUUGCAACUUUCUACUGAAGUCCCACACCAUAUAUUAAAAAGGAUGCAGAAAUAGAUACAGCUUUUUUUUCUUUUCCCUCCAGAACUUGGCUGGAUCUCAAAAGUGCAUGUGAAUCGACCUGAAGUUGUGAGGCAUGCAGAACAAAUUAAAAAAUGGAGAACUGUGAAAGGUAAUUGGCAAGCUGCCUGGCUGCUGAAAGCUGUCACCUGCAUAGAUCUUACCACUCUCUCAGGCGAUGAUACUCCUUCAAGUGUUCGCAGACUGUGUUUUAAAGCAAAACAUCCCAUCAGAGAGGAUCUGCUGAAAGCCUUGGACAUGCAUGAUAAAGGUAUUACUGUCGGAGCGGUUUGUGUGUAUCCCGCAAGAGUCACCGAUGCUGUUAAUGCCCUAAAGGCUGCUGGCUGUAACAUACCAGUAGCUUCAGUGGCUGCUGGGUUUCCAUCUGGACAAACUCCUCUAGAAAUCAAACUGGCUGAAAUAAAGCUGGCUGUGCAAUAUGGUGCUAGAGAGAUUGACAUUGUCAUUAGCAGGACUCUGGUGCUGACUGGCCAGUGGGAAGGUCUCUAUGAGGAGAUCCGUCAGUGCCGUGAGGCCUGUGGAGAAGCUCAUAUGAAAACAAUCUUGUCAACGGGUGAACUGGGGUCCCUUGCUAAUGUCUACAAAGCCAGUAUGAUAGCUAUGAUGGCAGGUUCUGAUUUUAUAAAGACGUCUACAGGAAAGGAGGUGGAAAAUGCGACCUUUCCAGUUGGAGUAGUCAUGAUGCGAGCCAUUAAAGAAUUCUACUGGCAAACUGGCUACAAGGUUGGAUUUAAACCUGCUGGGGGCAUUCGGACAGCAAAAGAAGCUAUUACUUGGCUUAUGCUGGUGAAGGAGGAACUGGGAGUGGAAUGGCUAACACCAGAGCUCUUUCGCCUGGGUGCCAGUAGUUUGCUGGAAGACAUUGAGAAACAGAUUUUCUGUCAUGUGACUGGCUCUUAUCCACUUCAGCAUGACCUGACAAUGGCUUAGACACAAAAUCAACUCAGGAUUACUUUUACAAAAGAGGUCUUUAAGCAAACAGCAUUCAGAAGUCUUCUGACAACCAAAUGCAUAUGAUAAAAUUAAAAGACUAAUUCUCCCUUCUUCAUAUUCUACAGUAUUUAAAAAUAUGC